AUGAAAUUGGACGUUGUCAAACAGUUUUCCACUCGUUCAGAUCGAGUUAAAGGAAUCGAUUUCCAUCCAAGUGAACCUUGGAUCUUGACCACAUUAUACAAUGGUAAGGUUGAGAUCUGGUCCUACGCCACCAAUUCGCUAGUCAAGUCUAUUCAAGUCACCGAGUUGCCAGUGCGUACUGGUAAGUUCAUUGCUCGUAAGAAUUGGAUUGUUGUUGGGUCGGAUGAUUUCCAAAUUAGAGUCUAUAACUACAACACCGGUGAAAAGGUGAUCCAAUUUGAAGCCCAUCCGGAUUACAUUAGAAGUAUUGCAGUCCACCCUUCCAAGCCUUAUAUUUUAACUGCCUCUGACGAUUUGACUGUUAAAUUGUGGAAUUGGGAUAAUAACUGGCGUUUGGAACAAACCUUUGAAGGUCACCAGCACUAUGUUAUGAGUGUCAAUUUCAACCCCAAGGAUCCAAAUACUUUUGCCUCAGCCUGUUUGGACAGAACAGUUAAGAUCUGGUCUUUGGGAUCUAGUGUUCCGAACUUUACCUUAUUUGCCCAUGACACCAAGGGGGUUAAUUACGUUGACUACUAUCCUCAAGCUGAUAAGCCUUAUUUGAUUACUUCGUCUGAUGACAAGACCAUCAAGGUUUGGGAUUACCAGACCAAAUCAUGUGUUGCCACUUUGGAAGGACAUUUAUCCAAUGUAUCCUUUGCUAUUUUCCAUCCUGAAUUACCAUUGAUUGUUUCUGGUUCUGAGGAUGGAACUAUCCGUUUCUGGAAUUCCAACACUUUCAAAUUAGAAAAGUCAAUCAACUACAGUUUAGAACGUGUUUGGUGCAUUGGUAUUCUUCCUAAAUCUAACGUCAUUGCUGCUGGGUUUGAUUCUGGAUUUGUCAUUAUUAAAUUGGGUAAUGAAGAGCCAUUGUUCAGUAUGGAUUCUAAUCAAAAAUUAAUUUACUCCAAGAAUUCUGAGAUUUUCCAAUCUAUAAUCAAACCAUCCAGUUCUCAAGGUUUAAAAGAUGGUGAACCAUUGAGCAUACAACAAAGAGAGUUGGGUACUAUUGAAAUCUUCCCUCAAUCCUUGGACCACUCCCCUAACGGAAGAUAUGCUGCUGUUUGUGGCGAUGGUGAAUAUAUCAUAUAUACAGCUUUGGCUUGGAGAUCCAAGGCAUACGGUUCAGCAUUGGACUUUGUAUGGAACACCCAUGACACUUCUGCCAAUUGUUCAUUUGCAAUCAGAGAAUCCUCCUCUUCAGUGAAGAUAUUUAAGAACUUCCAAGAGUACCUCACCCUUGACUUAAUCUACCAAACAGAUAAGAUCUUUGCUGGUUCUUUAUUAGGAGUUAGACUGGAUGGGUGUAUUUCCUUUUACGAUUGGGAAUCAGGUAAAUUGGUGAGAAGAAUUGACAUAGAUAAUAAUAUCAAUGAUGUUGUAUGGUCUGAUAAUGGAGAAUUGGUUGCCAUUGUCACCAGUUCAAGCGAUGGAGAAUCUGUUGUUGGUGCUAAAAAGACUGAUGAAACUUACUUUUUGAGUUACAAUCAAGAAACCUUCCAAGAAAGUUUGAAUAAUAAUGAAUUGGAUGUUGAAGAAGGUGCAGAAUUGGCAUUUGAUGUGUUGUAUUCCUUACCAACUUCUGAAUCCAUUCUUUCUGGUAAAUUCAUUGGUGAUGUGUUUGUUUAUAGCACCGCCACUACCAACAGAUUAAAUUAUUUUGUCGGUGGAGAAGUGAUAAAUUUGGGCCAUUUUGAUCAUAAAUUCUACAUCAUUGGAUAUAAAGCCAGUGAUGGUAAAUUAUACUUGAUUGACAAAUCAUUUACUGUUAUUUCAUGGUAUAUCAAUUCUGAAAUGUUGGAAUUGCAAACUCUUGUAAUGAGAGGUGAUUUACAUCAAUUUGCCACUUCUCAUCAAAUCGAUGAAGAAACUGGAGAAGAAGUUGCUGAUUUGUCCACCAUCUCCAUGUCCAACUUAUCUUCCGAAUACACUCAAUUGAUUUCGGGCUUCACCAAGACUGAAUUGAAUCAAUUAUCAAGAUUCUUUGAGAAAUUAGGAUACUUGUCCCUUUCGUAUUCCUUAUCUCAAGAUUUUGAUUCCAAAUUCCAAAUAUCUCUUUCCACAGGAAACUUGAAACAAGCAUAUGCUUUACUUUCAGAAAAUCAGGCCGAAAACCCAUCAACCGCGUUGAUCAAUGCUGCUAAGUGGAAGAAAUUGGGAGAUUUGGCCUUGGAAAAAUGGCAAGUCAAAUUAGCUCAGGAAUCAUAUUGGUUAGCUCAAGAUUACCCAUCCUUGCUCUUGCUUUUGUCUUCGAGUAACAAUAAGUCUGAUUUGACUCGAUUGGCUCAAGAAUGUGAAGGAAAGGGUAAAUACAACAUUGCUUGGCAAGCAUGGUGGUUGAUUGGUGCCAAGGAUAAAUGUUUGGAUUUAUUGGUCAAGAGUGAAAGAUAUACUGAGGCAGCAUUAUUUGGUGCUAAUUAUGGUGUUAGUGGAGAAAAGGUUCAUCAAGCUAUUGAAUCAUGGAAGAAUGAAUUGAAGAAAAAGAAUAAGAGCAAGAUCGCAGAUAGAUUAAUUGAUCAAUUUGCCAAUUUGUCUACAAAUGGAACUAGUGAAGUUAUUGAACCAGAAGUUGUUCCUGAACCAACUCCUUCUGUAACUGCUACUCCUGCUCCUGCUGUUCCUGCUGUUCCUGCUCCUGCUGUUCCUGCUCCUGCUGCUGCUCCUGCUGCUCCUGCUGCUGCUCCUGCUGCUCCUGCUGCUGCUCCUGCUGCUCCUGCUGCUGCUCCUUUGAUUGAUCUCGACACCCCAGCAGCACAAGUACAGCCAGAACUACAACCAGAAGUAAAGCACAUAGCUGAACCAGACUUUGAAGAAGAGGAGCCACUACAUGAAGACACUUUGGAAGAUGAUGAUGAUGAUGAUCUUUUCCAUGAUGUUUAA